UUGAGGUUAGGACUGGAUCAUAUUGGCUACGCGAUUGUCUUCUGUUCUCUUAGACUUUUACGAGGUCAAGCAAGCAAUGUAAAUAUGCCUUCGUUAAUAGUUGUAUUUUCAUUAUUUAGUUUAUUAUUAUAUAUGUUUGGAAUUUUUAUAAACGUACAAAAAAUUGAAGAAAAUCAAUGUAGCAUGACUUAUAUGUACGAAUAUCCGAAAUUUCUGAAAAUCGACUUGGUCGAAAAUAAACAUUCACCGGCAUAUGGGUUGUACGCGUAUUCCGAAGGUCUGCAAGCACAGAAGAUGAGAAAUAUGGAAUUUCGUGGAGCUCCAGUGCUUUUUAUUCCUGGGAAUGGAGGAUCCUACAAACAGGUUCGAUCUUUAGCCUCGGUUGCAUUGCGUAAAGCUACAGAAAAGCAUGGUCAGAUUGACUUUUUCACAGAUAACAGACGUUUAGGCUAGAACAAAAUUUCUUCAAAAACCUGUGUAAACUUUCAAAUUGAUAAACGUUGGAAAUGUUGGGAAACCGGCGGAACAGGUUACACAGCGGAAAGUCCAAACCGGAAGGAAACCGAGCUAAGGACUUGCGCUACCGCAGAAGAAAAGUAAACGCGUCAAUAAACGAACUUUAUUGGGAAACGGUUAGAUGUGGAAUGACAUGGAAUAAAUUGCUUGCAUUACUG